UAUUUUUUGACAUUUCUCCUCUAGAUCAAGUCAUGUAAACAAAUGAUUUGUUGUACGUUUCAUAAUUAGUAUACAAUCUAAAAGCAUUUGCAUAAAACACAACAAUGGAGGGUAAUGGCGAUGAAGAGAUUACCAAUCAAGAUCCUUUACCACUUGAACGGUCAGGAGUAGUCAGAGAAAUCGGCAAUCAAGCUGUGUGGAGUUUGUCAUCCUGCAAACCAGGGUUUGGCGUUGAACGUCUGCGCGAUAAUAUAAUUGACACCUAUUGGCAGUCAGAUGGCCAACUUCCACAUCUUGUCAAUGUUCAGUUUCAUAGAAAAACUCGUAUUAGUGCUGUUUAUUUAUAUGCUGACUACAAACUAGAUGAAAGCUACACGCCAUCACGUAUUUCUCUGCGAACUGGCUCAAAUUUCAAUGACUUACAAGAGUUGCAAAAUCAAGAACUUUUCGAACCUACAGGAUGGACUGCUAUACAUGUGGAAAAUGGUAAAUCUCGUCCUGUACGUAUAUAUAUGUUACAAAUUGCGAUUGUGGCAAAUCAUCAAAAUGGUAGAGAUACUCAUUUGCGGCAAAUACGCAUACACGCACCAGUCGAAAAUUCGAAAGAGAAAUUUACUUCAAUCACUUUUAAGAAAUUCGAUAAUAUAAGAUAAGGAAUUUUGCGUGAUAAGUAAGGAUAUAAUUUUUCUUAAUUAUUUUAUAAACUUACCCCUUAAUUGUAUUAUUAAACAUUUUGGUCAUAAAAACAUUGCUGGUUUUAUAAUUUGGAAACACUUGUGACUGUUCUCUAGCAUUAGGUUUCGUCUAGGAGUAAGUUUGUAUUAUCUGCACAUCUACCCACAAAACCAUUCUAACACUACAGUGCAAUUAUAUUUUUAAAUUUUGGUAUCACAUCUUGUAUUUUUUUAUCUUGGAUAAAACUUUGAAUUGUACGAACAUUGUUUACAUUUAGCUUUUGUAUAUUUAGGAAAGACUUCCAUCCGCGAUAUUCAAAUUAUACACAGGGUGAUUCAGCUUGGUGUAAAACUGCCCGAUUGUAAAACGUCAUAUGCGACAAUCAUAUGUUUGUCAAAUGCACGCCGGCAACAAGAUUUAUUUUUGUUUAACAUAAUUGGAAUAAACAGUGAAAGUUGUGUAAUCUCGUAAACAACGAGAUAUUUCUUAAAUUAAUUAUUGUACUAUAAGUUUUAACAAUGUGGCCUAUUAUAAUGGCAAUACUAAGGCGAAAUGCGGUCUACAUAACACUGCCCAUUGCUGGAGUUGUGGGAUUAAUUGGUUACAACCUGGAAAAUAUACUAUCUGAUAAAUACACGCCAUAUAACAAAUCCAUACUUGAAAAUCGAGCUGAACGAUUAGCAGAGGAAGAAUUAGCUGACCCAACACGAGUGGAUAAGCUGCGGCUGAAUGUGAAUGUUCUAGAAAGAAAUUUAUCUCCCUCCCUUCAGCCAAAGUAAUUAUUUUAAAAUUAUGUUACUUUAGGAAUGAAACACUAAUCUUUACUCAAAAAUUGUUGUAUAUUUUUCAUUUAAAAUGAUGCUUUUAUCUAAAAAUCUGAAUCGUGUCUUAUGUAAGAAAAAAUAGUAAAUGUUAGAUGAUUUAUGGAUGUUAUGAGAUCGCAAUAUAAAAUAACGUAAUUUGUGUAAGAAAAA